UUCUGUUCCUAACAGACAGCAGCUUGCGAAAUAACAACAUAAAAAAAAAAGAAAGCCUCCCUCCGUUUUUCCCCCUUUAACAACUUUGUUCUUAACCAGAACUAACUAACACUUCUCUUCAUUCUCGGUUCCCAUGGCCGACUCCGAGAAAUUGACGGCUUUGAAGAAGGCCUACGCCGAUAUAAUACUGAAUACGGCGAAAGAGGCGGCGGCGAGGAUAAUGGUGUCCGAGAGGAAAGCGCAGCGGUAUCAGCGAGAGCUGUUUGCCGCAAAAGACGAGUCGCUUCGUAUGCUUCUUAGGCUCAAACAGAUGCUGGAUUCUAAGGUUAGUGAAGCAGAAAUGACAUCCUUGAGUCAACAGAGAAGGAUUGAAGAGCUAGAGGCACAACUUGGGGAAGCUGAGGAUAUAGUAAAAGACCUUAGAGCAGAGUUGAGAGAACUACAGGAUGAAUUGGAAAAGGUGACAAACAGCCAGAUGCAGCCUUUGGGUGAACAAAAUUUAAUGGGUGAAAACGGUACUCGGAUAACUGCAUUUGAGGAUAAUAGGCUUAGUACUUCUGGCUCGGCCAUAUCUGCUAUACCUGCCUUACAAUGUGAUCCAGUCACAAGUAUUGAGAUGAAGAAUUCAACUUUGAAUGGGACAUGUGAUGAGAAUAAGUGCUACAGUGAAAAUGAUUGUCAUAAAGACAAGUGCUUUGUUUGCAAUCCUGACUUUGCCUCUAUAGUGAUGAGAAGCAAAGUGCCUGAGCUGUACAGAAAUGGAUGCACACAGAGGAUUCGAGCUUUUGAAAGGCACCUUUUAGGUGGGAAUCUGCCACUCUCUGGGCAAGCUGAUGAUGUGAAGAAUCAGAUAUUUAUCAAGGCAGAUGAAGAAGAUAAGGAUAUGUGUAAACAACUCACAGCCAAGGUUGACAAUAUUUGUGAUUUAGAAAAAGGUCCAGAUGUAGCCAAGGAUAUUGAAGCGGGUAAUAGGAUUAGGAGAAGACGAAGAAAAAGAAAUCUGUCUCGUUUUGGGCAAGCUGAAAAUGUAAGGAAUCAGAUAUUUAUCAGGGAAGAAGAUAAUCAUACAUAUAAAAACCUCACUGCCAUGGCUAACAUUGGUUGUGAUGUAGAGAAAAGUCAAGAUGUAGCCAAGGAUGAUGGAGGUGGUAUUCCUAGAAGAUUAAGAAUAAAAAGAUAUAGGAAACGUAGAGAUUAUAAGAUUUAUCCUCAUCAGGCUGUAGAUGACAUUGUUCAAACUAAGGAAGAUUCUAAGCCAAUCGAUAAUUUAUCUCAGAAGGAUCCUAUGCCCCUUGUGGCCCCAAAAUCACCUUCAAGUACAAAUGAAAUGCUCACACAGUCAGAAUCUGUAGAAACCAAAAGUGAAUCAGAGUUUGACAGGACUUGUUCAUUCCAGACAACAAACAGCAAUAAGUUGUCAACAGACGAACUGGAGUUGGCUGGACAAGAUAUUGGAUCUGCAGAGAAUUUAGAGUUUCCACCUAGCAAAACAGAUUUUGAUGUUCCCGGUGUAUUGCUGUCAAACCCAAUUCCAAAAGAGCCUGAUGUGACUGAAGCUGUUCCUACACAAUCAUCGAAUAAUAAGUUUCUCAAAUACACCUUCCAAAGGAAAAGGAAAAGGGAAUUACCAAGCAGCCCAGAUGGUGAUUCCUCUCCCAACAUUAGCAGUUUGAAGAAAAAGAUGGGGGAGAAAACAAGUGGUUCUACAGAGUCACUCAAGUCAGGCAUGAUAGCUGAAUCAUCUAGAGAUAAUAGGAGGAUGGCUCAGGUCGCUCGUCAGGCAAAGGAGAAGCCUUACAAAGCUUAACAAUCCAUACUUAGCUUAUAUCUUUGUCUGAACAGAAAUGGGUAUAGAGGUGCAUUCAAGCCAUGCUUAUGUUAGACUUGGACUAUGAAUCCAAACCUUGUCAUCUGCAAUGUAGUUCCAAAGAUGGCGUUUCAUCAGGAACUCCGAUGAAAAUGGCGGCUACAUUUUCUAGAAAGAGCAAUGAAUUCUCUAGCUUUAUUAAUAUUUGGUCACUGUUGUAGUUCUAUAAUCUUUAUAUAUUGAAGUUUCCAAGACUUGUUUAACCAUUGGGAUCUUUUUUCUUAAAUAAACAAGUGAAAUUUUUUACUGAUUAUGAAAGGAUACCAAUUAUAAAUUUAUGAUGCA